CACAUUUAUGAACCUCAAUGUGGCAAAUGCCUAUAUAUGCCCAUAUUAUCUAGAUCUACGUAUUGAUAUUAUCAAUAUGGGAAUAGAACAGUUUGUGCCAAAAAUUCUCGCUUUCUUUCUGAUCUUCACCUUUCUUUGCUCCUCUCCCUUUGCCGCACCAUCUUCUUUCAGAGGACCUACCUUUUGUGAAAUCACUCCCUUCCCUGACUUGUGCAAAUAUUUUCUUCCUCAAAACAAGUCUACAAACAUACAUGACUACGGAAGGCUGUCCAUUCAGCUUUCUUCAUCAGCAACUACACAAUUUCUUGAUUCAGUCAAUGGUUACUUAAACUCAAAAACUACAUCAUCUCAAAGUACCAUAUUUGUCCUCCAAGAUUGCCAAUUACUUAUUGGCCUAAAUUUGGAUUUCUUAUCCAACGUCGCGGGUACUAUUACCCAACCUGGAAAUACCCUUCAGGGUUCACAAUUUGAUGAUGUUGAAACCUUGCUUAGUGCUUGUAUAACCAAUCAACAAACCUGCUUGGACAGCCUUCAAAUCACUCCUUCAGCUGCAGACAUUGCGAGUCAGAUUUUUCCUACACUUGCUAAUGGCAGCAUGAUGUAUAGCGUAUCUCUUGCCCUUUUUAAGUAUGGCUGGCUUCCUAAUUCACCUGCCAAAACGAGCUAUAGUAGUGGGAGCGGGGAAAUGAUUUUAAAGACAGCAAGAGGUGGACGAAAGCUCUUGCAAAUGAGUGGAAUUAGUUCUGUAAACGUGACACAAAUGGUAGUGGUGAAUCCAGAUGGAUCUGGGAAUUUCACAACUAUCAAUGAUGCCAUUGCAGCUGCGCCAAAUAAUACGAAAGCAGGAAACGGGUAUUACAUGAUAUAUGUGGUUGCUGGUGUGUACCAAGAGUAUGUCUCUAUUGCCAGUAACAAGAAGUAUUUGAUGAUGGUUGGUGAUGGCAUUAAUAAGACUAUUAUCACUGGUAAUCACAGCGUAGUUGAUGGAUGGACAACCUUCAAUUCUGCCACAUUCGCUGUGGUUGGGCAAGGAUUUCUGGCAAUGAACAUUACCUUUCAGAACACAGCAGGAGCAAUAAAGCAUCAAGCAGUGGCAGUUCGAAAUGGUGCUGAUCUAUCUACAUUUUACAAUUGCAGCUUUGAAGGGUAUCAAGACACUUUGUACACGCAUUCUAUGAGACAAUUCUACAGGGAAUGUGAUAUAUACGGGACGGUCGAUUUCAUUUUCGGAAAUGCUGCUGUAGUUUUCCAGAACUGUAACAUAUAUCCACGCCUUCCAUUACAAGGCCAGUUUAAUCCAAUCACUGCACAGGGCAGAACUGACAUAAACCAGAAUACAGGCACAUCCAUUCACAAUUGCACCAUAAAAGCUGCCCCUGAUCUAGCAUCGAGCAAUGGCACUACACAGACAUAUUUAGGCCGACCGUGGAAGGAAUAUUCAAGAACAGUUUAUAUGCAAUCCUUCAUGGAUAGCCUGAUAAAUCCUGCUGGUUGGGCAGCUUGGUCUGGAGAUUUCGCGCUAAGUACGUUAUAUUAUGCUGAAUAUAACAACACAGGCCCUGGAUCCAAUACGAGCAGCAGGGUAACUUGGCCUGGUUAUCAUGUGAUUAACAGCACAGAUGCUAUCAGUUUUACAGUUUCCAAUUUCAUAGCAGGAAACUUUUGGCUGCCUGCCACUGGAGUCCCUUAUACUGGUGAUUUACUUUAAGCAGCAAUGCUUGCGAUUCUGUUUAGUUUGUUCUGUUUAUGAAUAUGGAUGCACCAUCUGAAUCUUUGAACAAGUUCUGGAUAUGU